GUUUUUUUAAAAGAGACUAAUAAGGAUACACAGGAAACGAGAUAUAAUUUAGUGCUUUUUAAAAAGAGAUUGCAAAAGUAAUACAAACAAUAGAGAAUAUUGUUAGACGUUUUAUUGAAGGAAAACGGGCGAGAGACUAGACAAACCAUAGAAGCCGCCACUCACGCCUGGAAGCAUCUGGAGGCGUGGCACGGCAGCCGUCGCCCGCCACACCAGCAGCGAACUGCUUCCCGGUGCCCGCGGCGGCGAAGCACAGGAGAGAGGCGGCGAGUGAAACCGAUGACGCCGCCGAUGGAUCCGCCCGACGUCGAGAUGGAGAUGGAGCCCGCGCCCCAGCCUCCGGCUCCGACAGCGGUCGGGGAGGGGUGGAGCAUGCUGUCGCGCGCCCGCGGGCUGCUCGAGGAGGGCAAACCGUCCCUCGCUCUGCAGGCGAUUGAUACUGCUGCUUUCCGUGACGAUGGUUACGUGAUGAGUCUUGGUUCUCUUGGCCAUAAGAUCUCAAGGCGGUGAACAAGCUCUCAUGCAGACAUUGAACCGUGCACGUGAACUCUAUGCACAGAGAUUGCAGGCCAGUCCUAGUGUUGAUGAGCUUGCCUCUUUGCUUGCCCAAUGUGCCAUAGCAGAGGCUCAGUCAUCAAAUACUAACCCUCCACAAGGGCCUGGGUCAGACCCUGUCAAUAUGCUGAAUUCUGAUGAGGCCUGCAUUCUUGCUGAGAGUGGAAGGAAGCAGAUCAUCCUGGACGCAUUUGCUGAUGGGAGCAGCUUCAUUUGCUUGAAAUGUGGGGGGCUCUUUAGCACAUCUCGCAAGGAUGAGCACUUAGCCUACUGGUGCGGGACUGCAUGAUCCUGGUUACGUCUUGCUGUGGUAUAUCCAUGGUCACACCUAGCAAUGAACCGAUGAUCAUGAUACCCGUGAGAUUUUGUAUAAACUUUGUUCUGUUCCAAUCCGAUUACUGCUUCUUUACUGCGGGGAUGCCAGAGGCACGUCUGUUAAGUCGUAGUAAAUACAUUUGCCGAUGACAAACUUUAUGAACGAAAGUUUCCAUCUCUAUCCGCUUGUUGUACUUGUGCUUUCGGCUGAUGGAAUGUGUUGAGAUGUUUGGCAUGGUCA